AUGAAUAAACCGCCCGUCCUCUCGCUGCUCUGCGACCUGAUCGAAGUCCCCAGUAACAGCGACUACGAGCAAGACGUCGCUCGCUUUCUCGACAGCCAUCUCACUCAGCUAGGCUACACUGUUGAACGACUUCCCAUCGCGGACGGCUCUACCCGCGAGAAUGUCUACGCGUAUCUGGGAUCAAAGCGGCAAACCCGCGCCUGUCUAUCAGCGCACAUGGACACCGUUCCCCCGCACAUCCCCCUGCGCAUUGAAGGGUCAACCAUCUACGGUCGUGGAGCUUGCGAUGACAAGGGACCCAUGGCUGCGCAGAUCUGCGCGUUAGAAGAGCUUCGCGCGGACGGAUUGGUGCACGAAGGCGAUGUGGGACUGUUGUUUGUGGUUGGCGAGGAGAAAGGCGGUCCCGGGAUGAUCGCGGCCAACGACCAAGGAUUGAGUUUCGAGGGGGUCAUCUUCGGCGAGCCGACCGAGGGAAAGUUGGUCGUGGGGCAUAAGGGACAUUUGGUGUUUGAGCUGAUCGCAGAAGGGAAGGCUUGUCAUUCGGGGUACCCUCAUCAUGGGGUGAAUGCGAACACGGCGUUGGUUGCAGCUCUCAAUGAUUUCCUGUCCGCUGAAUUUCCCGAGUCGUCGCUUCUUGGUCCGUCGACUUUGAAUAUCGGUAAGAUUGAAGGGGGCGUGAGCUAUAACAUUGUGCCUGCGACGAGUACCGCUCUCUGCGCUGUUCGCGUGGCGACCGAUAUGGAUGGGAUCAAGAAGAUCGUGGCAGAUGUCGCCGCCCGGCAUCCGAAUGUUCGAUUUGAAUUCAAAUUCGAGUACCCCGAGACGCUGUUGGAUCACGAUGUUGAAGGCUUCGAGACGGCUCCUGUGUCGUAUGGAACGGACGUGCCCCGUUUCAAAGGCAAUCACAAGAAGUACCUCUAUGGACCCGGAUCGAUCUUGGUCGCGCAUGGGGAGAAAGAGCAGAUCGAACUUAGCGAGCUGCUGGAGGGAGUUCAAGCGUACAAGAAAUUGACACUGCACUUGUUGAACGGCACUGCAUAA